AUGGAACUCCUUCGUACACUACCCUUAAAACCCGAGGGGACUCAGAUUGCGAUAUUCUUUCGCGCAACGCCACUACUGAUUAGGAGUACCGAAUUAGGGAAGUUGAUUAGCACUUUGGAACCAAUUACGGGGCAUAUCCUCGGGCUUUACAACGAAGGCGGCGUUUUCAAAUGUUAUCCCCUUGAUUCUGACGCCCAAGAGCCCAGCCCACCUAUCAAUGCACACGAGAUAGCCUGUGCACCAGAUGGGAGGACGUUCAUCACUGUCACGAGAAACCGUCCUCUCCAAGUGUUGAACUUCGACAACUUCACUCUCCUCUUUUGUUUGAGCUGCGAAUCCCCAGUAAUGGUAAUCACCCUAAGUGUCGACGGACGCCGGAUCUACGACCUGACAGAGUCCUAUUGGAAUGUUUGGGAGCCGAACUCGCUCAUUCGUACGGCUGACGCAGAUGAGAUUGACAGUGAGACAUCCGGAACCCUCUUACUCGGCAUUGGGCAUGGCAAGUAA